GAAACAAGGAUGUCGCUACCCUCCGCUAUUUACAGUUCACUUAGUGCCGAGUUGUUUAUUCGGUUUUACCAGCUAUAUGCGUGAGCGCUUGUGUAUGUUUUUAUGAUGUCCGAGUCUCCAGACACUCGCAGUCUCGUCUCUGCGUCCUCGCAGCUCAAUCUGACGGAAAUAGAGGCGAUUGACGAUAAAGAAUUUGACAUUCCUCAAGUUGACACACCACCAACUCUAGAAAGUAUUCUGAACGAGCCCGAGGAGGAGGAUGAGCCCUUUGUCCUGGAGGACACAUGUCUGCUGAACACGGAGAACAUUGACGCGCAUUCCUGUGAGACUUCCUCUCUUGCCAGCUCCGACAGUGGAGACCGCGCCCACCUGAAGAGGUGCAAAGCAAACGCAUGCACGCACGAACAUGAACGCGCGUGCACUCAUACGAGGAGGAAAGCCAUAGAGACUAAUGCUACUGUCCAUGGCUCCGUUUUGAGACACAGCACACUGAAAGGUGUCUCAGCCCAGAUCGUCUCUGCCGCUGAGAAAGUCGACGCAGGGUUGCCCACAGCAAUCACGGUGUCCGGUGUUAUCGCUGUGGGGACAUCACAUGGCUUGGCCCUGGUUUUUGGAAAAGACCAGAACCAGGCGCUGAGACUGUGUUUGGGUACCACGGCGACGGGAGCGGAGUAUGGCGCGGUGUCGGCUCUCAGUAUUAACCGCGACUGUACAAGACUGCUGUGUGGCUUUGCUAAGGGACAGAUCACCAUGUGGGAUCUGGCCAAUGGCAAGCUGUUACGCACCAUCACAGACGCACAUCCUCCCGGGACGGCCAUUUUGCACGUCGAGUUCACAGAUCUGCCAACGCUGGCCGUAUGUAAUGACAGUGGCGGCUCAGUCUUUGAGCUCUCCUUCAGGAGAGUGAUGGGGAUGCGGACGUGUGAGUCGCGGUGUUUGUUCAGUGGCAGUAAAGGGGAGGUGUGCUGUGUGGAGCCGCUGCACGCAGCUGCUGAGCUUAAAGACCAUCCCAUCACACCCUACUGCCUGCUGGCCAUGGCCUCGCUCACCAAGAUUCUAGUGAUUGGACUGAAACCUUCACUAAAGGUCUGGAUGACUUUUCCUUAUGGCAGGACAGACCCUGCCAGCGUGCCAGUGCUAGCGUGGCAGUUUGCGGCUGUCCAGAAAGCGGUGAACCCCGUUGUGGCCUUCUGCAGAGGGGACACCGUCCAUUUCCUGCUGGUGAAGAAGGAUGAAUCUGGAACUAUCCAUGUCAUCAAACAGCGACAGCUCCAGCUCAGCUGUGACCUCAUCAGUCUGACAUGGCUGAACUCACGCACUCUGGUGCUGAUGGACAGCAGUGAGAAGCUGCACGUUCUGGACCGGCCCAGCCAGGAUGAGCUGGAGACCCUGGACCUGCACGAAGUCCAGCUUGUCUACAACAGCAGCCACUUCAAGUCCCUGGCCACGGGUGGAAACGUCAGCCAGGCCCUGGCUCUGGUGGGGGAGAGGGCGUGUUACCAGUCUGUGUGCAGCUACGCGGGACAGAUCUUCUACCUAGGAACCAAGUCCGUCCACAUUAUGACCCUGAGGAGCUGGCGUGAGCGCGUGGAGCAUUUCCUGAAGCAGGAGAGGUUCACAGAGGCGCUCUCCUUAGCCUGGUCCUUCCAUGAGGGCACGGCCAAAGCCGUCCUGGGCCUGUUCGGGGACCCUCUGAAGAGGAAGGCGGUGGUAGCAGACAAGAUGGUGGAGAUCCUGUUCCAGUAUGUGGAGCGUUCGCUGAAGAAGUGUCCCGAGCAGGGCAAGAUCCAGGUGCUGGAGCAGCACUUCCAGGACAUGGUGCCUGUCGUGGUAGAUUACUGUCUUCUUCUGCAGAGGACGGACCUGCUGUUUAACCAGAUCUACUCCAGACUGCUGGAGAACCCAGUGGCCAGGGGCGUGUUCCUGGAGAGCCUGGAGCCGUACAUUCUGAGUGAGCGGAUUGGCUGCCUGACCGCGCCCGUCAUGCGGGACCUGCUCAGCUACUUCCAGGAGAACGGCAUGAUGGAGAGCGUGGAGGGCUGUCUGGUGCACAUGGACAUCACCAACCUAGACAUACAGCAGGUGGUGCGUAUGUGCUGGGAUAACCAGCUGUAUGACGCCAUGAUCUACGUGUUCAACAGUGGCAUGAAUGACUACAUUAGCCCUAUGGAGAAACUCUUUCAGGUGAUUGGUCCUCCUCUGCAAGAAGGGAAACCUCUCACAGAUGAACAGGUCAUCAUGGGAAAUAAGCUCCUUGUCUACAUUAGCUGUUCUCUAGCUGGACGGGCCUAUCCUUUAGGAGACAUUCCAGAAGACCUGGUUCCUCAAGUGAAAAAUCAGGUAUUCGAGUUCCUGAUUCGCUUGCAUACAGUGGAGAGCACCCUUGAGGAGGAGGUGCACCCUUACAUCCGCACUCUCCUGCACUUUGACACGCGCGAGUUCCUUAACGUCUUGGCACUGACAUUUGAGGACUUUAAGAAUGACAAACAGGCUCUGGAGUACCAGCAAAGGAUUGUGGAUAUUUUACUGAAGGUAAUGGUGGACAACUCGGACUUCACUCCGUCCCAGGUGGGCUGCCUAUUCACCUUCCUCGCCCGCCAGCUAGCCAAGCCUGACAACACGCUCUUCGUCAACAGGAAGCUCUUUGACCAGGUUCUGGAGUUUCUGUGCAGUCCAGACGACGACACCAGGCACACGGAGAGACAGCAGGUGCUGCUGGAGUUACUUCAGGUGGGAGGUGUGGUCCAGUUCGACCAGGGACGCCUCCUCGCCCUCGCAGAGAAGGCGGAGUUCUAUCAGAUCUGUGAGUUCAUGUAUGAACAGAAACACCUUUAUGAUCGAAUCAUCGACUGCUACCUCAAGGACCCCUUAAGAAAGGAGGAGAUUUAUAACUAUGUCCACAACAUCCUGUCCCUGCCUGGAUACAGCCCGAAGGACAAGCAGACCGCGCGGAGGAAGGCCCUGGAGCACGUUAAGGAACUAGUCCGCAUUAACCCAGCGAAGACGGCCGAGCUGGUGGCUGGUCACUUCGGCGGUGAGGUGGAGUGCAUCAUCACGGCACUACAGGAUGAUUAUUUGGUGUUCCAACUCCUGAAGAACCUGCUGGAUCCAAGUGAGGGCCCAAAUCCCCAGGCUGUCCUGACGCUCAGGCCCGACCUCCAUGAGCUCCUGGUGGGCCUCCUGUGCCGCUUCUGCCCCCGCCAGGUCACGCCCUUCCUUCAGACCUCCCAGCACUACCGCCUGGAGGAGACCAUCGAAAUCACCAAGAAGCACGACUUGCGUGAGGCCACUUCCUACCUGCUGGAGAAGAAGGGAGACGUGCAGGGAGCUUUCCAAGUGCUGCUGCAGACGUUAAAAACAAAGCUGCACACACUGACCCAAGAGAAUCCUGAACUCGCCAGGCCAAGGUCUGAGGAUGAGGAUGCUGAAGAGGCAGAUGAUGAUCAAACUCCGUUGUCCGUGGUGGAGGAAGCCCUGAUUGACCUCAUCCAACUGUGUCACAGGAACUCGCAUGGCCUUAACCAGCAGCAGAGAGAGGCUCUCUGGUUUCCCCUUCUGGAGGCCAUGAUGUCGCCACAGAAACUCCUUAAAGGCCCCAGUGCGAAGCAUACUUCUGAAGCACUGAAGGAACUCACAAUGAAGGUCUUAAACAGUAUGUCCAGUUUCAUUGCCUUGCCCGCCAUCAUUCAGCGCAUCUUACAGGACCCUGUGUAUGGAAAAGGGAAGUUAGCUGAGAUCCAGGGCCUCAUCCUUGGCAUGUUGGAGACUUUCAACUACGAACAGACCCUGUUAGAGACCACCACCAGUCUGCUGAACUCGGACCUGCACUGGUCUCUGGCGCACCUGCGCAAAGCGGUCAGCAGGGGGCUCCACCCACGACAGGACCACUGCAACAUCUGUCUACAGCAGUACAAACGGAGGCAGGAGAGUGAAGAGGAAAUCAUCAUCUUCAGCUGUGGCCACUUGUACCACUGCCAGUGUCUGCAGAGGAAGGAGCAGGGUGUUAUGGGUAAAGAGCCGGGUCUGGUGGGAGAUGGUGUUCACUCCUGGAGCUGUUAUAAGUGCACCUCCAGGCAGGGAACUCGGCCGGCAGACCGGGUCAGUGUUGUGGGUGGCAGGAUGCGUGCCACCUCCCUCGCACAGACCAAAGUGACGUCCGCCUAUCGGGGAGCCGACACCGAGGCUCAUGGGAGAAAGGACUUGGCUGAAGUGACGUUGGAUUCCCAACAGAUACAGGCCUGGGACCAGCUGCGCUGCAUGUACAGAGGACCGUCCAGGUUAGCUAUCCUCACAGAUAUCGGCCAUUCCCACAGCAGUGAAAAGGCAGGUCUGCUGAACACUGCACAUCCACCAACAGGAAGCAUCUACCACAGCGAAAACUUCAGCCUUAAGCUUUCUCCUCCACCAGUGGUGGAGGAGUAGGAAGAACUCCACCCACUGUUACAGUUCUGAAUAAAAGCACUACCACAUCUCCACAUAAA